UCCCUCCUCUUCCGCUUCUUAGAACUUACUAUGAAGUCACUCAUCUUCUAUGCAAUCCUUGGCGUCGUUGUGGCCGACCGCCCCAACGGAUUCAACGGAAACGGCAAUGGUUACGGAGCACCUCCUCCUCCCAGCAAUGGAUAUGGGGCGCCCACUAAUGGAUUCAACGGAAAUGGAAACGGAAACGGUAACAGUUACGGAGCACCUCCGCCUCCCAGUAACGGAUAUGGUGCACCCACUAACGGAUUCAACGGAAAUGGAAACGGAAACGGCAAUGGUAACGGUUAUGGAGCACCUGCUCCUCCUAGCAACGGUUAUGCAGCUCCCAGGAACACCUAUGGCACGCCCAACGGCGCCUACGGAGUAGACCCUGAGAUUGCCGCUUUGGCCGAGAACAUUCCCGGGGGCGGCGUCCCCGGCGAGGACUACCCCAUCUUGGCUUCCGUGCCCGACACCGGGUUCUCGUGCGAUGCCCAGGCGGUGCAAGGUUAUUACGCCGACACUGCAGCUGAAGCCGGCUGCCAGGUGUUCCAUAUCUGCCAGGACCGCGCCCUCAGGCGCCAACAGGACUCGUUCCUGUGCCCCAACGGUACCAUCUUCAACCAGCAGUACCUGGUAUGUGACUGGUGGUUCAACGUGGACUGUUCUCAAGCUGAGAGCUUCUACUCCGUCAACGAACUCAUCGGAGUCGUUCCCGACGCCGGAUACGCCUACGGACCCGCCACCAACGGCAACGGUAACGGCUAUGGCUCCAACGGCAACGGAAGGAACGGAAACGGCAAGAACGGAAGCAAUGGAUACGGCUCCAACGGAAACGGAAGGAAUGGAAACGGAGGCAGUAACGACAAUGGCUACGGUGCCCCUCCUGCCCCAAGCAACGGCUACGGUGCCCCAGCUGCCCCAUCCAACUCCUACGGAGCUCCUUUCUAAAUUAGACUUCCCUCUCUUUCCCUUAGAAAGGAAUUUGCUUAGAUUAGCUUUUCUAUGUGUGUGUCUCUUUCCAGUAUGUAUGCGCAAGAAUUUUCCACAUAUCGAUAUUUUGAAAUAAAACCAAUUAUUUUUA